CUCUCUCUCACUCACUCACUCACAUUCCUGUGCAUCUCUCUCUCUCUCUCUCUCUCCCAUCCCUACUCUUCUCUUUUAUUCUCUCUCUCCUCACACCCUCUCCAGUUCCACUCCAUCCCUCUCCUCUCCUCUCCUCCUCUCCUCACUAUGUCCGGACUGUCUCUGUCUCUCCCUCUCCUGUUGUUGCUGCUGACGAGUUCUUUGCUGAUCAUUCUCUGCGACACUGUGUCGGGUUACCGCGUGUCCCGACAGACGCGGGACAUUACGACCUUCGAGGAUCAGGAGGGCUCGGGGUUGGAUGACGACGAUGAAACCGUCUACUCCGGCUCGGGAUCAGGAUACCCCGACAGCGAGACUGAAUUGAGGUCGACCACGGACGUUGGGUGGAUGGUGACCUCCUUGCCAUCAGUCUCGGUCUAUAACUCGGCCCAGCCGUUUACCUUUGCCCUUAGCCGGGCAGCGAAGGAGAGGGAGGGGGAGCAGAGCACGGCCAUCCCAGGGACAUCGGCCCCCACCGGCUUCGCCACCGCGCUCAUCACCACCACAAGACCGGCUACAGCACCGGCCGCCUCCACGGGGGGGCCUCAGGAACUGACCACCAACGCCGGCACCGACGACUUUUUUGCCUCCGUGGUGCCGGUAACGACCGGGGUGACGGCGAUCACCACCAAACGCAGCCCGCCGGACGCCAGAGGGACGGCGAGACCCUCCGCCACGGCGGCUCCGCAGACCACCCCGGCGACCGAGGAGACCUCCACCGCCACUAGCAUCAGCAGCAACAGCAGUAAAAGCCUCCUGGUCGUCCCCAGCACCACCCAGGAGACGGAAUCGUGGGACGUGAUUGCGGACACGACGGUCACUAAUGAGGUGGAGGCUCCAGCGGGAGGGGCUCCGAGCGGAGAUUUUGCCUUCAGUGACAACUCGGAGGGGAGCAACGAAGUGAUCGCUGUCGUGUCCCAGCCCACGGACAAGGUGGCUGGCAAGAACUCCCUCCCGGGGGCGAUAGACAAUACCAUAGACACCGACAUCUCGUCGUCAGCCGCACAGUUGCCUCAGAAGAACAUCCUGGAGAGGAAAGAGGUUUUAAUAGCUGUGAUCGUCGGCGGGGUGGUGGGGGCCCUGUUUGCGGCCUUCCUGGUCAUGCUGCUCAUCUACCGAAUGAAGAAAAAGGACGAAGGAAGCUACACGCUCGAAGAGCCAAAGCAGGCGAGCAUAGCGUACCAAAAACCUGACAAGCAGGAAGAGUUCUAUGCAUAAAAAAAAACAAUCACCAGUGCCUCGAACUGUGAACAGAUACUUCUUUUUAAAUGAUGAACAAAAAAAAAAUUUACAAAUUUACCCCACCCCACAUACCCCCCCACCCCACCCUUCACCCCAUGGCUCCACACGAUGGCUAGAAACUUGUACGAUUUCCACACUGUUUGCUUUUUAGAAGACAGCAGCACUACAGUAGGUUUAGUGUCUCGUGUAGAUGUUCGAGUGAGUGAGUGAGUGAGUGAGUGUGAGUGUGUGAGUGAGUGAAUGAGUGAGGACCGGGCAGGGCAUUGCGAAGGCAGAUAGACCUACCAGCUGGGAAGUUCUCCCACCCCCCCCUCGGUUUGCAUUUCAAAGGAAACUUGUUAACCUCUGUUCUAACCUGACGCAUGUUUGUGUGUGUGUGUGUGUGUGUGUGUGUGUGUGAACACAAGCAACAAGUUGAAUCGUUGAACCGUCAUCCAGGGAAAAGUGUGAAAACAACAGAGGAGUUCCCAGAGAUCUCCCCAGAGAAGGGAUAUGGAAAUACUUGUGUGUGUGUGUGUGUGUGUGUGUGUGUGUGUGUGUGUAUGUGUGUCACACACUUUCCUAAUGCAGCCUUCCCACUGCAACCUUUUUAGAUCAUCAUUGCCAAGUGACUGUUCAUUUCUGAGCAGAAAUAUUUUGUUCAUCCAUUUCCCUCCUUCUCUAUCUCUCUCUCUCUCUCUCCUCCGUCUGUCUC